AUGGACGUCCAUAAGCGAAGCCACCAUCCUUCAAGGUCGGAGGACUUGAGCAACGAGAAGGAAAUCUUAGACGAGGCCACCACUUUUCAGCGAACCCGUCCGGGGUUUCAAGAGGAAAAUGAUGGCCUUCUUCCCACAAGCAUGCCAGGGGCACCAGAAAGAAAAACCAAUCACUCGCUUCCAAAGAAAGACGUCAAGGCUUUUAUCAUUCUUGUGAUAUUGUACACCCUUCAGGGCGUGCCCGUCGGGUUGGCCUUUGGCUCUGUUCCAUUCAUUUUGAAGUCCAAGCUCUCCUACGCCCAAGUGGGAGUCUUCUCCUUAGCAUCUUAUCCAUAUUCAUUAAAACUUCUAUGGUCUCCGAUUGUCGACGCCAUUUACAGUCGGAAAGUCGGCCGACGGAAAUCCUGGAUCAUUCCCGUGCAGCUCGUCUCGGGAGUCACCCUUCUUUACUUGGGUUUUAUUAUAGACAAGUCGAUGGCCGAUCCGGCCCCGAACUUGAUAAAGAUCACAACGUGCUUCUUUUUGUUAGUGCUCUUCUGCGCCACUCAAGAUAUCGCUGUCGAUGGAUGGGCUCUCACCGUGUUAUCGCCAGAGAGUCUUUCCUUCGCUUCAACGGCCCAAACAGUGGGAAUGAACUGCGGCUAUUUCCUGAGCUUCACAGUUUUUCUUGCCUUGAGCUCACCGGAGUUCGCUAACAAGUACUUGAGACUGGUACCUCAACAAGAUGGGUUAUUUGGACUUGGAGGCUACCUCACGUUUUGGGGCUGGAUGUACAUCUUGAUCACAGCUCUUCUUGUCUUUGUUCCAGAGGAUCCUCCCCAUUUAGCCAAGCACAAUCAUGAGAAGCUUAACGCUGAACACUAUAAACAUGAAUCAGCACACAAUAGACCGCUUGACAAGACAAAGCAGUACAUGCAAGAUUUGUUGCAUGUUUACAAUUCCAUGUAUCAAGUCUUGAGGCUUCCCAACGUGCAAACGUUUGUUGUCAUUUUACUUUUUGCUAAACUUGGGUUCCAGGUCAAUGAAGCCGCUACCAACCUCAAACUCCUCGAGAAGGGCCUUUCCAAAGAGGAUCUUUCAAUAACGGUCCUUAUAGACUUCCCUUUUGAGAUGAUUUUUGGUUAUUACUCGGGAAGGUGGUCCUCUGGAAAGAGUCCUUUACGUCCAUGGCUAUUUGGCUUUGCUGGUCGACUUUUUGCGGCUUUAUGUGCUCAUAUCAUCCUUCUUUUCUUCCCCAACUUGCAUGGAGAAGCUGUUCCAUUUAAAUUAUUCCUCCUCAUUAUAUUCCAGCAUCUUCUCAAUUCGUUCAUGUCGACAAUACAGUUUGUGUCGCUUUGUGCAUUUCACACAAGGAUUGCAGACCCUGCAAUUGGCGGAACGUACAUGACAACAUUGAAUACUUUAUCCAAUUACGGAGGCACCUGGCCCAGAUUGAUCAUUCUUUACUUGAUUGAUAGGCUCACGGUCGCUCGAUGCGAGAAUGUGGCUCGGCCCUAUGACUUAUUGUCCGAGGAGCAAAAGAGAGAAUGCACGCAAGCAGGCGGGUCAAUGAUUGAGGUAAACGCCAACGACAGGUUGGGAAAAAAGAUCAAGGUGAAAUGUCUUCCUGAAGAUACUAUUGGUGACUUGAAGAAGAUUCUUUCGAUGCAAUUGGGUACCACACACGAGAAAAUUGUCUUGAAAAAGGGACAUCAGAUCUACAAAGAUCACAUCUCCUUGGACGACUACGAGAUCAACAACGGUUUCAAUUUCGAGCUUUACUACGGUUAG